AUGAGUCAGGGAAUUGUUCUGAACUACGAAUAUAUUGGCUCACAUAUCAAAGAUUAUAUUGAAGCGGAUAAUCUCUUUAGCACAUUCGAAGUAGAAGAUAUCAAAUCAAUCAUGAAAUUCCCGAAUUUAACACCUGAUGACUUCAAUUCUCUUCUUGUGCAAUCUUGUUCUGUCAUUUCAGCGUGCGAAUUGUAUACAUGCACUCGAAAUGCAAAUAUUUCAAUAAACAACAUACAAGAUGCCAUUUCAACACUUAAAUAA